AUGGACGUCAAUGUUCUUUACCCACCAACAAUAAAGACAAUAUCUCAACAAGAUAUAGUAGAAGGAAGAGCCUUAUUAGUCAUCUGUCAGGCCAUCUCUGGAAACCCUAACUCUACAACUUUCUAUUGGACCAAGGAAGACAACCCAGAAUUUAGACAGAACGGGUCCACUCUACAUAUACCUAACAUACAGCGAAUCAGUUCUGGAACCUACAGAUGUACAGCAGAGAACAACUACAGUAUUGAGGAGAAGGGAACACACAAUCAGUCCAUGGACGUCAAUGUUCUUUGCCCACCAACAGUGCAUACUCUAUCUCAGCAAGACAUCAUAGAAGGAAGCCAGUUAUCAAUCACAUGUCAGGCCACCCCUGGUGAUCCUAGCUUUUCAACUUUCUACUGGACCAAGGCAGACAAUCCAGGAUUUAGACAAAAUGGAUCAACUCUACAGCUACCUAACAUACAGAGAAACAGUUCUGGAAUAUACAGAUGUACAGCAGAGAAUAACUACCACAAUGGAGAGAAGGGAUCAGACAGUCGGACAAUGGUUGUCAAUGUUCUUUAUCCACCAACAAUAAGAACGCUAUCUCAACAAGACAUAAAAGAAGGAAGCCAGUUAAUAGUCAUUUGUACAGCAACUCCUGGGAAUCCUAGCUCUACAACAUUCUACUGGACCAAGGUAGACAACUCACGAUUCAGACAGAAUGGUUCCACUCUACAGUUUUAUAACAUACAGAGAAACAGUUCUGGUACAUACAGAUGUACAGCAGAGAACAACUACAAUAAUGGAGUGAAGGGAACAAACAGUCAGGCCAUGGAAGUUAAUAUUCUUUACCAGCCAACGAUAGAGAAAAGAUCUCUUCAAAUAGUAAAUAAGAGUGAGAAAAUCACACUUAUUCGAGAUAUAGUAAGCAACCCUUUGUCCGAUGCGUCUUGGUAUUAUGGAACACAACUUUUGAAAACUCAGACGUCAGUGACAACCGCUACAUACACCAUAGAAAAUACUACGUGUACAGACACCAAGAACUAUACCCUUGUGGUCAGUAAUGGAAUCGGGAAUACAGUGACAGCAAUGGAGGAACUAAUUGUGAACUGUAAACCUACACCAGAUAUCACAAAUAUAACACUGGCAGCUACUUGCACCACAGGAAUUGAAUUUUCAACCACGAUAAUUGCAUAUCCAGAACCUUUUUACGAAUUACAAUAUGAAAACGGAACAAGAAACGAUCAGAUGAUAACUACUAUAAUAGAAAAUAAAGUCAAUAACUUCACCGUUAGAAUUAGACAAGAUGUUGUUGAAAAAAGUAGCUUUGGAGUUUAUUUUUUAAGAGCUCGCAACAUGUUUGGAGAAACAACCGUAAUUGUGAAUGUAAUUAACCAAAGAAGACCAGACCUUCCCAGAAACAUAAAAGUAACAUGUAAAGCAACAGGAGCCAUAGUACAAUGGAUAUCGUCAUUCAAUGGCGGAGACACUCAGAAUUUUACUGUGAUUACUCUGAGUGGCCAAGAUGGAAAUAGUCACUACUAUAACCUUAACGACAAUGGUCAAAAUGAAAUUCAUGCUACUUACGUAGGCAGCCUUCAACCGUCGGUGACGUACUGGUUUUCAGUGUCGGCAAAGAACAGCUAUGGAUCUAUUUCCUCAAAAGCCAUGAGCUGCACCACAGUAAAAGAAAUAGCAAGCUCUCUGACAGGGAUAGUUGCUGGAAGUGUUGGAGGGGCGCUGCUGUUGGUCACGAUUAUACCGAUUCUUGUGUUUUUUGUUCACAGACGAUACACAUGUAUCUAUAUAUCUAAAAAAGCAUUGGAAAAAAGAAAUAUAGAUAUAAAAGUUGACCAAAACAAAGAAACAUCCAACUAUACAACCAUAAAAGAACAACAGGAACAUGCUGAAAGGAACAUGUAUGACGAAUUAGUAUCAAGAGAAAGCGCUAGCCAAUACGAGGAUGUUUUGAAAAAAGAUAAUCAUGGACAAAAUGCAAAAUUAUAUGAAAAAUUGCAAAAAAGUGUUGAUAAUGAUGGUGAAGGAAAAGCUAUCAAGAUGAUGAUACCACUGAAAAGUAAAGAAUCAAGUGAUGAGAAAUCUGUGACCCAAAAAGCUGAAGAAUAUGCUAACACAUCAUUUAUGAAGUAAACCACUACAACCGGAAUUUGUCUGAAUCAUUCUUUGAAGUAUUGCAAAAGAUGUCUUUGUCUUCUUAUUGACCAUGUAAUGG